GGUUUACAAGAUAAGACUAUGACAAUCGUUAGUUCAAAGGGAAAAACUGAAAGACCAUACUUAAACCAAACCUAUUUCGAGAUUGUUCUUGGUUUAUUUUUGCAACAAUAUGUUUAUUACAUAGAAUUAAAAGCAAAGUUGGAAAGUUUAGAGAUGAGAUACCAUUUUGUUGUUGAUGGAUGGAGAGAGAGUUAAAAAUGUUGAUGAAUGAGUUACAGGAAUUUCCGAAGGUGCCGAGAGAACUCAUAAAAAGAUUUAAUAAACAGACAGAUUUGAAAUGCCGUUGUAAAUAAGAUUAAAAGAGGAGCAUAUUUGCCGUGUUUUCUUGUUGCAUUUGUGUCAAAAUUUGAUUCGAAACCAACAGUUAGGUCUGGGAUAAUGACAGUAGUAUAAAAUUGAUAAUAAUAAUGACAUCAAAAUAGGGCAUUAGCCUGUGCGAUGGUAUCUUGACUACUUUGUCUGCUUAUUUGGAGGAGAUCAACAUAAAGCACAUAAAAAAGAAAGGCAAAUAUAAACUACUUGAAAGAAAAUGAACUUAAGAAAAUUAUCUACAAUACAAGUGCAAAUUGAAAACAGUCCAGGCUGCUUGAACUUUUAUUCCACUGGUUGUUAGAGUGCGUAUUUGCCAGUUUUGAUUGGCUUGCGAAAUGCGAAUAGGGCUUCGGCUUCCUUAGAGUUUUCAAUUUUUCUUUAUCUUUUCUUGUUGGUUCCAAAGAUUGUGUCAUGUUGAUGGUAGACUCUGUCAAGACACAUUUUAAAGAAUUCUAAAGCAGAAAGGCACAGUGAGGGAUGGGUCUCUGAAUCACUAGGGGUAGAUUUUGGCGUAAAAGGCUGAUUUUCUAGUCACCUGGAAGUGAUUUUGCAGCGACUUUCACCAGUAAUAUUCGUGUGAAAUUCCGAUUUAAUCCAGUGGUGAAGAUUCGAAAUCUUUCAACGAGAUAUUGGCAACAGGACUAAAGGCCUGCGGAUAGAGCUUGGCUGAAGACGGGAAAUGCCUUCGGAAUAAGAUUAACAAAAUAAAUAUUACUUUUCUUCGCCAAAGAGUUGUUUCACGACAAUGAAUCUACCAGCUGAUACUCUGGAUCAGUGUGCCUGUGAUCGCUUCGAACACGUGUCGAACAUUAAAGGCGAGGAAGAAACAAGCAAUGGCAUGCCAGAUACUGGUAAUACAUUGCGAAGCCAGGGUAGUAUUACUUGUUGCGAUGAAGUGAAGGAAUCACCAUUGCUGAAAGGCUGUUCAAAUGAUCCUGAAUCUUGCUUAAACCAACAAAAAGAAGAGGAAAUUUCAGAUAUGGACGAAAAAUGCACUGUUCCUUCAGAAGAAACUUUGCUAAAUCAAACAAAUUUACAAACUUCUUGUCUCCAGGUUUGCUCGAGCUCAUUGUCUAUAAACCUACAUCAAAACUAUGAAUUACCAUUGGACGAUCAGCAUCAUAGAAAAUGCAAUAGUUCGAAAACAGACUUUGACAAAUUGAAAUGCAAGCCGAGUGUACGUUUGAGUUUGAUAUCUGGCUCGAGUUUAGAGGGAUCUUGUCGAAUUUGCCAUUGUGAUGGGCAAGAGGAACAACUGAUUUCGCCUUGUCGUUGCUCGGGCUCACUGCAGUAUGUUCACGAGAGCUGUUUGGUACAAUGGCUGCAAAGUAAAAUGGUACAAAACUGCGAGUUGUGUCAAGCAAGAAUUGAAUUUGCCAGAAGAAUCAAGCCUGUUUGGCUGUGGAAAAGACCCACACAGCGGCCAAGCUCGGUUCUCUGGUUUCUGCUUUUCGUCGUUACAAUUCACUUAAACGUCAUUUCUGUUGUCAAGGACGCUUCAAACAAGUGCAUAUCGACUCCGUGUAUUGUAUUUUACAUAGUCGGCUGCAUUGGUGCUAUUUUAGCCACUGCGUUCAGCAUAUACUUUGGCAAACGUGUCAAGGAUUUCUUUAGACACUGGAUCAACAUCAACGAAGAAUGGGUUAUCGUUACAAAGAACUCUAAAAAAGGAUCGCAAAAAUCUGGAAAUCAAGAUAGAUUUCUGACGCAUAUAUUGAGUAUGUUUAGUAGUAAUAGAUUAACAACAAUUGUAUGAUACAAAAUAUAGCAGUACGACGGGGGAUGCUAAAGUAUUCAAAAGACUAGCUAUAUAUAUGUUCGUUUUAGAACAAUUUUCUUCCAUUCUACCUACAUUUUCGGGAAUUACCUUCAGAUUGUAGAACUGUUGUCCUUAUUGUUUCGUUAACUUUUAAAAAGUAUUUGCCACAGUUUUAUAGUUGCAAUGGAAUUUUCUAAUAUCACCCAACUUAUUUAGGCCAGGUGGUGAGAAGGAGACCCAGCAUGGGUAUAUUUCAGAGUGUUUUACUAUUCCCUGCAUCUCUGGAAGAUAGUCAACUGUCUUUAUUUGAAUUUUGUCUAUUUCUCCAUUUUUGAAGCAUUUUCAGAAAAGAUGUCUUUAACGGUUGUGACAUUUCGUAUCACCUACCCCUGUCCAAUUUCCCUCUUCCUUGUGCCUUUAAGCCUUUUACGAUUUUCCUGCAAAAUUCAGAUCGAGAGACAUUCGUGUUAGAAGGUCGAAUUUGAUAAUGAAUUAGAUUCCAGUUUUAUGUUCACAGUAAUCCCAUUUCAUAUCGUUGAGAAGGAUUUCAGUUCUUAAUUUAUCAUUUCCGAACUACUUCAAAUCUUUUUCUGCUGAUAAAGGCAUUUUUAUUAAACUUCCCUGAAGCAAUAGCUGUUAUGUGCUUUUAAUCUUUAACGGAAUUUCUAAAUAGAAUAAUGUACAUUUUAGUUGAAAUUAUGUUCAAAUUCAAA